AUGACUAGUGUUGUUUAUAAUGAGAAGUUAUAUAAUUUGUCUUUUCCAAUCACUUGUGAUCAAGUAGUCAAAGAGAUUGGAAUACAAGGAACUCCAGCAGUAGUAGUAGGACUAAAAGUUAAUGGUAUUGUACAAUCUCUAAAUAGUUAUAUUCAAACAACAAGAUGUACUGUAUCUCCAUGUUAUAUCAGAUGUGUAGAAGGACAAAACAUGGCUCGUAGAUCAGAGAUAUUAAUUGCUCGAUAUGCACUUCAUAAGUUAUACCCUGAUGUAGAGAUGACAGUUAUUGCUGAUUAUUCAGAUUGCACUGAGUUUUGUGUUAGUCCUAAAUUAAAUGAAGAACAAUUAAAAGAAUUAAACAAAGAAUUUAAUGAACUCCAUACCCAAAGUAUUUCUAAUGGACAAUUACCUCAUUCUUAUCUUAAUUUACAUUUUGUUGAAACUCAUCAACCUCAUUCUAAAUCAUUGAUAGAGUCACUAAAUGAACCAACAUAUCCAUGUGCUAUUAUUAAUAACUUUGCAACUCUUUCAUUUGAUCAACCAUAUAUUUCAGAACCAUCAAUACUACCUGAAUAUUCUCAACUUAAAUUAGAAAGUAAUGGCUCUUUAUUAGUUUGUUUCCCUAGCUUAAUUCAUACAGAUUCAUACAAAUUUAAUGACGCUCCAAUUAUUACAUGUCCACAUGAACUCAAUAAAGAAAUGGAUGUUGGUUAUAUUAAUAAACAAAUUGCACAAAAGGUUAUUAAUGAAUUAAUGAUUGAAAGUGAGAAUUAUCAUGUACAACAACUAAGUAAGUUAAUUGAAGUUAUUAAAUCACGGCCAACACAAUUAGUAUUAAUUGCUGGUCCAUCAAGUAGUGGAAAGACAACGUUUGCUCACAAAUUAGGAUUAGGACUUCAAGGAGUUGGAUAUAAUCCAUUAGUACUUUCUGUAGAUAAUUAUUAUGUCCAUAAAGACUAUUGUCCACUUGGACCUGAUGGAAGAAGAGAUUGGGAGUGUAUUGAAGCAUUAAGACUUGGAUUGCUUAAUGAUCAUUUGUGUGGGUUAAUGCAAGGAAAAGAAGUAGUUGUACCUCAAUUUGAUUUUGCUACAUCAACACCAGUUCCUAAUAAAGGAACUAAAGUGAAAUUAGAGAAAAAUGGAAUUAUUAUUAUGGAAGGAAUUCAUUGUUUAAAUGAACGAUUAACAGAAAAAAUACCACACGAUAAAAAAGUUAAAGUGUUUAUUGCACCAUUAUCAAACAAACUAUGUUUAAAUGAUGAUGUAAUUUUAAAUAAUAAUUUCUUAAGAAUUCAAAGAAGAAUGGUAAGAGAUAAUAUAUUUAGGUCUUAUAGUGCUUCAAAAACAUUAGGAGUUUGGGAUGCUGUUGCUAGUUCUGAAAAAGUCUGGAUUUAUCCGUACAUUAAAGAUGCAGAUUUCGUUUAUUCUACCUUUUUAACUACAGAGGUUAAUGGGUUAAUUAUAUUUUCAUUGAAUCUACUUAGGAUGGUAUCAAGUGAUGACAAAAAUUACGGAUUUGCACAGUCAUAUAAAAGGUUAUUACAAUAUUAUUUACCUAUGGAUUCAGUCGAUUUCGCUGGUAACUCUAUUAUUAGAGAAUUUAUCGGAAAUGGAGAUUUUGACUGUCAUUAA